GCAAAAGUGAUAACACGGCCACGAACAGUGAUUUGUUACAUAUGUGGCCGUGAGUAUGGAACAAAAUCUAUUAGUAUUCAUGAACCACAGUGCUUGAAAAAAUGGCACCAGGAAAAUGACAAGCUACCCAAGAACUUGAGAAGGCCAGAACCUAAAAAGCCUGAAGUCAGAACUGUGCAAGCCAAAGGUUUCUAUGAUCUUGAUUCUUUAAAUGAGGCUGCCUGGACCAGCGCCCAGAACCAGCUAGUUCCAUGUGAUAUUUGUGGACGUACUUUUCUUCCAGACAGACUAAUCGUCCACCAGAGGUCCUGUAAACCGAAACCUGUGUGA